AUGCUAGAUACCGACUCCACAAUCUACGCGCUGUCCACCGCCCCCGGUAGAGCAGCAAUUGCCGUGGUACGAGUGUCCGGCCCUGCAUGUCCCUCGGUACGCCUUCACCCCACAAUCCGCUCCAUCUUCCCAUUGCGCCCUGUACCAACUAAUGCCCCCCUCCACCAGAUCUACCAAGCCCUAUGCCCGACUACAUCAAUUCCUAAACCGCGCUUCGCCGCGCUGCGCACCCUCUAUGACCCCUCACACCCACCCUCCCCCAACACUGUCCUCGACGCCGGCGCGCUAGUCCUCUACUUCCCCGGCCCGAAGACCGUCACCGGCGAGGAUGUGCUGGAGUUCCACAUCCACGGCGGUCCAGCCAUCGUCAAGGCCGUGCUAAGCGCCAUCUCGCGCACGCAUCAGCCAGAUGCUGCCGUCCGGUACGCGGAGCCGGGCGAAUUCACGCGCCGCGCCUUCAUGAACGACCGCCUGGGGCUCCCGCAGAUCGAAGCACUGGGGGACACGCUCUCCGCGGACACGGAGCAGCAGCGGCGUCUGGCAGUGCGAGGAGCCAGCGCCGCGCUCCUGAACCGCUACGAGGCCUGGCGGCAGACGCUGCUGUACGCGCGCGGCGAGCUCGAGGCCCUCAUCGAUUUCGCCGAGGAUCAGCAUUUCGACGAGUCGACCGAGGAGCUGGUCGCCUCGGUCAGCGCGCAAGUGCGUGCGCUGGCGGUGCAGAUUGGCUUCCACAUACAGAAUGCGAGUCGGGGCGAGUUGCGGCGGAGCGGGAUUCGGGUCGCGCUUUUGGGCGCGCCGAAUGCCGGCAAGAGCUCCUUGUUGAAUCGAGUGGUUGGCACCGAAGCGGCUAUUGUUAGCACGGAGCAGGGUACCACGCGCGAUAUUGUUGAUGUGGGCGUGGAUCUUGGUGGGUGGUACUGUAAGCUUGGCGAUAUGGCUGGGAUCCGCGCGGAGGCGGGCGGGUCGGCGGCGGUGAUUGGUGCUGUUGAGAAGGAGGGCAUUCGUCGGGCCAGGGCGAGAGCUCUCGAGUCUGAUGUUGUGGUUGUGGUGGUUUCCCUGGAGGAUAGCGACACCGCGGGCGGUGUUCGUCUGCUUGUGGAACCCGAGGUUCUAGCUGCCGUGGAUGACUGCGUGGAGGCCGGGAAAUGCCUGGUGGUUGCUGUCAACAAAUGCGAUAAACUCCCUACAGAGGAGUGGAGGGACGAGCUGCCGCCCGCUCUGGCGGAGACUGUUCGCGACGUCUUUCCCGCUGUGCCGGCCGAGCGGGUCUUUGCGAUAUCCUGCAAUGAUGCGCAGCGCGGAUCGUUGCCGUUGACUGGGAAGCGGGCGCAGAACCCGUCCGACCCAGGCCAUCUACAGGCAUUUCUACACGGGCUGAUUUCGACCUUUGAGCAGAUCGCCUCGCCGCUCGGCGUGGGAGAUGAAGGUGGUCAAUAUGAUAAAUCUUAUUGGGAGGAUUCCCUGGGCGUCACGCAUCGACAAAGCUCGAAUCUACAAAUAUGCCUCGAUCACUUGGAGGACUUCCUAUCCCAGACUUCCCCAGCUGCCCCCCUCGAUGCUCCCGCUUCCCACUCGCACGAGCGCGACCCCGCCUCUAUCGCUGUUGAAAUCGAUAUCGUGACCGCCGCCGAGCACCUGCGCUUUGCGGCCGAUAUGCUGGCCAAAAUCACCGGCAAAGGCGAGAGCGGCGAUGUUGAAGACGUGCUAGGCGUGGUCUUUGAGAAGUGA